AUGUCUAUCGGCAACGAACUAAUACCCACCUUAAAACAUGAGGGGAAAAAAUUUGAGAUGAGAAAGGAAAUUGUAAACACAGCAACAAAGUAUUUCAAAACACUAUAUACCAAUGUCAACUAUGAUCCGAGUACCUACGAGAAAAAACAGUGUAAAGAUGUUGAACCAUUCAUGGUUGGCGAGAUAAUUUCAGCGAUAUCAAAACUCAAAAAUGAAAAAGCUUCGGGCCCAGAUGAUAUCUAUAACGAAAUUAUAAAAUACUCCAGCUAUGAGUUACAUAAAGUCAUCAAACAUUUAUUCAACAAUAUUUUGAAAGAAGAAGUCGUACCAAAACAGUGGCAUGUAUCAAACAUAACAAUAUUACACAAAAAGGGAAGCAAGGAUAACCUAGAUAAUUAUAGACCCAUAAAUCUCUCCUCGGGCUUGUAUAAAUUAUUUAUGAUAGUUUUGCGAAGAAGAAUAGAGAAAACUUUAGACGAACAGCAAUCUGUGGAACAAGCGGGAUUCAGACCAACAUUCAGCAUAAUGGAUCACAUACGCUCAGUCACCCAAAUUAUAGAGAAAUGUAUGGAAUAUGGCUACACAGUAUAUCUGACUUUCAUUGACUUUACCAAAGGUGUUGAUCAAAAAUAUAUAAAUAUCCUAAAAUAUAUUUAUAGAAACAGCAAGGCAAGAAUAAGAACAGACCAAAUGGGGGAACCAAAGGGUGUCAAACAGGGUGACCCGAUUACACCAAUUCUCUUCAAUGAAGUUUCGGAGAACAUUUUCAGAAAUAUGUCUUGGUAA